UGGGCGAAGGCGAAACAGAAGGGAAGGCACGGGAGAGAAGGAGAGGGAAGAGGAGACAGGGAAGGAGAAGGACGAGGAGGGCGAAGAUGACGACGAUACGUAGAUUCUGCUGCAACGAUCUGCUACGCUUCGCUCCCGUCAACCUCGAUCACCUCACUGAAACUUUUAACAUGUCGUUCUACAUGACGUACUUGGCGAGAUGGCCUGAUUACUUUCACGUCGCAGAAGCCCCCGGCAAUCAAAUCAUGGGCUACAUUAUGGGAAAAGUUGAAGGCCAGGGAGAGUCUUGGCAUGGCCAUGUAACUGCAGUGACUGUGGCUCCUGAUUAUCGGAGACAACAAGUAGCCAAGAAAUUGAUGAAUCUGCUUGAAGAAAUUAGUGACAAAAUUGAUAAGGCCUACUUUGUCGAUCUAUUCGUGAGGGCAUCCAAUACACCAGCCAUAAAGAUGUAUGAAAAGCUUGGUUAUGUAAUCUACAGACGAGUGCUGCGCUAUUAUUCCGGGGAAGAAGAUGCAUUAGAUAUGAGGAAAGCAUUAUCUCGGGAUGUUGAGAAGAAAUCGAUUGUCCCCCUCAAACGCCCGGUCACUCCCGACGAGUUGGAGUAUGAUUAGAUGCAGUUUCACUCCCUUUUCUUCUGGAAAAUAUUUUUUCUGUUUGGCAAAGAUUGAUUGUACCUAUAAAGAGCUCCCUCGGACUCUUUUCGAUGUUCAAACGACUUCAAUGUGACUGUUUUGGGUCGGUAAGGAAAUGUUCAUAUUGUAUUCGGUACAUCUUUACUUGCUCUUGUAACUCGUGUUUUUGUUUACUACCUCAGGAAGAUCGAAUAUCUCUUGCAAC